AUGUCGUCAAUUCGAGUUGCUGUCGAUUUCUAUGCCACCCUAGGUGUGUCCCAUCGAGCUACAACCAAAAAUAUCAACGAUGCUUACCAGAAGCUCGCACUGAAACACCAUCCAGACAAAGCCGGCACUGACGCUGCCUCUCUGGGGAAGUUUCAACGUAUCUAUGAGGCAGUGGACACCCUCCGGGACCCCGAUCGACGCCGCAGAUAUGACCACUUGCAGGGUAUCGAUAAAAGAGACAGCCGAUAUGAAGCAGGUUGCGCGAGAGGAACGGUAUACGUGGAUCCGUGGUCAAUGGAAACUCUUCAGCCUUGCUGCGACCCGAGCGAAGAGAAACCCGAGUCUACAAACACCUACACGCUUGAAAUAUGGGAGGCCGAUUAUGCCGGCAUCGACCCGGAAUUAGAAAAGGCAAAGGAGAAAAUGCGUAAAGAGGCAAUGCAGCAGGAAGGGCUGGACGAGACAACAGGGAACGAGACCGAUGUGGAACUAGAAGACGGGGAAGAGGGCGUCGAGCUCGACCAGGCGACUGAAUAUGCAACUGCUGAAUUCUGUUUUCACAAUGGUGACGUCUGCGACUGCUACCGCUACCUUUUCACUGAUCUCACACUUGAAGAUGACGAGGGCUCUGGCUGCCUCGCUCAAGACAGUAACAUGGAAACCACUGAUGACGAUGAAUCGAACAAUCGACUCAAUAUCCACCAGUCCGACGAAGUCGCUGAAGUGCAUCUUGAUACCAACGCCAAUGCCCCACUGGAUUCAUUGAGGGCAUACUUCCAAGCCAAACGCAUUGAUGGUCGUGGCCACUACACGACUGAGGACAUGCACGCCAAGCUCCAUUGCAUGGUGCUGGGAACCUUCUGCGGCUGGCUUGAGGGUGCUCGUCUAUCGUUCCCUAAUGCUCAGCCGGUGUCUAGUCAGUCUGAUCCACAUUCUUGUUCUCACGUGGGAUCUUGGAUCAAAGGUUUGACUCGCCCCGGUGCGAGUUCUGUUACCAAUGGUUGCCCAUCUGUGUCCUGA